AUGCAGGUCUACACUGAGCUCACUCCGCCCACCGCCGUCUCCAAUGCCGUCAGCCUGGCCUUCCUGGGCCCCAAGGCCCACAACCUCGUCGUUGCGAAGACGUCGCUGCUUCAGAUCUUUGAAUUGAAGUCCAUCGUCACCGAGGUCAGCCAGGCUGCCAAAGACGGUCCCGCUACAGCUGUCGCCGCAGACGACCCCUCCGAGCCCGCCGACCUGUUUGUCCAGCGGACCGAACACACCUCCAAGCUCGUCCUCGUCGCCGAGUAUCCGCUGCAAGGCACCGUCCUCUCGCUGGCUCGCAUCAAGGGCCUCGACACAAAAUCUGGCGCAGACGCUCUUCUCAUCGCUUUCCGAGAUGCGAAGAUGAGCUUGGUCGAGUGGGACCCCAUCAACCACACACUGUCGACCAUCUCCAUCCAUUAUUAUGAAGGUGAAGAGCUGCAGGGAGCUCCGUGGGAUGCCGAGCUGGGACAAUAUCACAACUUCUUGGUUGCCGACCCGAGCAGCAGAUGCGCCGCUCUCAAGUUUGGCGCAAGGCACUUGGCCAUUUUGCCUUUCCGGCAGCUGGGCGACGACCUAGCCGAGGGUGACGAUUACGACCCGGAUCUGGAUGAGCCCAUGGAUGCCCCUGCCGCCAGAGAGAAGGCCACCAAUGGCGAUGUGCCUCAGACUCCGUACAAAGCUUCCUUUGCACUGUCAUUGCCGCAGAUCGAUCCUACACUGACGCAUCCCGUCCACCUCGACUUCCUCCACGAGUAUCGUGAGCCUACAUUCGGUAUCAUUUCAGCAAACAAGGCCGCCGCUGCCUCGCUGCUCUAUGAGCGCCGGGAUGUUCUGACCUACACGGUCUUCACACUGGAUCUUGAAGAGAAGGCAUCCACGGCCCUUCUAUCAGUUCCAGGAAUUCCGUACGAUACCUGCAAGGUCCUCCCGUUGCCUCUACCUGUUGGUGGCGCACUCCUCCUCGGCGUAAACCAGUUUAUCCAUGUCGACCAAGCUGGGAAGACCAACGCGGUUGCUGUCAAUGAAUUUGCCAAGCAAUGCUCCUCGUUUCCCAUGACCGACCAGUCUGACCUUGCAAUGCGGCUGGAAGGCGCUAGCGUAGACCUCUUGUCUUCCGAAACCGGCGACUUGCUCGUGGUCCUUCGAGAUGGCAGCUUGGCUAUCAUCAGCUUCAAGCUCGAUGGACGGUCAGUUUCUGGUAUAUCCAUUCGAAGAGUGACGGAAGACAAGGGAGGCUUGGUUGUGAUUACAGCAGCUUCUUGCACGACGAGUUUAGGCCGCAAUAGGAUGUUCAUUGGCAGCGAGGAUGGAGACUCCGUCGUUCUGGGUUGGACAAAGAAGACGACACAGCUGUCCAAGAAACGAACGCAUGCCGAGAUGCUUGCUGAUGAUGCCGAUUUAUCGUUCGAUGAGGAAGAUUUGGAGGAUGACGAUGAUCUGUACGGUGAUGGUCCGUCCAGCGCAAAGACUGCUGCGGCGUCAACAGACUCCAGCGAUCCUAGCAAUUAUACAUUUAGGAUCCAUGACAACUUACCAAGUUUAGCACCAAUCAAGGAUGUGGCUCUAGCUGGCCACAAGGCAACAGACGUCGCAGGUGGGGCCGUGGAGAGGACGACGGACCAACUCGACCUGGUCGCAUCGAUAGGGCGUGGUAAAGCUGGAGCUCUCGCAAUCAUGAGACGAGAGAUCGACCCUGUCAUCAUGCGAAAAGGAGAGUUCGCUACUGCUCGAGCUGUCUGGUCAGUCCACGCUAAGAAGCCGGCUCCCAAAGGCAUGAUAGCUGCCGGCCCACAAGACGCGGAAGCAAAGCUUGCAGCAGAUGUGGAUUAUGAUCAGCUCUUGAUCAUCUCAAGGUCUAAUGAUGAAGGCGGCGAAGAGUCUGCUAUCUUCAACAUCGCAGCCACGGGCUUUGAAGAAACCAGUAAAGGCGACUUUGAGCGCGAAGACGCAGCUACCAUUAAUGUAGGCACCAUUGCUGGUGGCACGAGGAUAGUCCAGGUAUUGAAAGCUGAGAUCCGCAGCUAUGAUUCUGAACUUGGCCUUGACCAAAUCCUUCCAAUGGAAGACGAGAACGGCUCGGAACUCAGAAUCGUCAGUGCCAGCUUUGCAGACCCUUACAUCCUUGUGCUGCGCGACGACUCCAGCGUCAUCAUCUUGCAAGCGGAUGCCAACGGAGAAAUGGAAGAGAUGGACAGGGGCGAUGGCUUGCUGUCCACCAAAUGGCUUUCGGGCUGCAUUCAUCAAUCAUCGUCGACCGGAGCCCAUGCCGUAGCCUAUCUUCUUAGUGCAGAAGGCGGUUUGCAUGUGUACACGAUGCCGGAUCUGUCGAAGCCGGCCUACGUUGCCGCAAGCCUUGGCUUCCUUCCGCCCAUGCUGACAGCGGACUUCACUCCUCGUCGAUCGUCUGCAAAGGCAACAUUGAGUGAAAUUCUUGUGACAGAUCUUGGCGACUCGACGUCGAAAAGCCUAUACCUCAUCGUCCGCACCUCGUCGAAUGAUUUGGUGAUCUACCAACCAUACCACUUCCCUGCCCAGGAGACCGAGCAACCGUUCGUCGUGAACUUGAGAUGGCUCAAAGUAUCUCAGCCGCGACUUCCAGAAUUCAGUGAAGAUCCUGGUCUAGAGUCUGAAGAGGUUGCAGAUGGCAGGGAGUGUAUCCUGACCCCUCUCUCCAACGUUGGCGGGUACAGUGCCGCCUUCAUGGCAGGGACCUCGCCAAGCUUCAUCCUGAAGGAAUCCUCAAGCCUCCCGAAGGUAAUCAAGAUGAGGACAAAGGCGGUCAAGAAUCUGAGCAGCUUCCACACCGCGGAGUGUGAUCGUGGAUUCACCUUCAUUGACACCGAUGGAAAUCUGCGUGUCUGCCAGUUCCCGCACGGAUUCCGCUACGGCGACGUUGGUUGGGCGACGAAGAAGGUUCCCUUGGGACAGGAUAUCCAGGCUAUGUGCUACCACCCACCGAAGGAUGUUCUCGUUCUUGGUGUGGGUGAGAAAAAACCAUUCACGUUGCCUGAGGAUGAACACCACCACGAAUGGCUUGAAGAGAACAUCUCAUUCAAGCCAAUGGUUGAACACGGCAUGAUCAAAGUUCUUGAUGCGCGCACGAUGAGCGUGAUUGAUGCGCACGAACUUGAGGAAUUUGAGGUAGUCCUUACCAUAAAAGUGCUUAACCUUGAAGUCUCGGAGAACACGCACGAACGGAAGCAGCUCGUGACUGUGGGUACAGGUUUCAUACGUGGUGAGGAUCUGCCGUCCCGUGGUUGCAUAUACGUGUUCGAGGUCAUCAACGUCGUCCCCGAGCCCGGCCGCCCGGAGACAAACCGCAGGCUGAAGCUAAUCGCCAAGGAGGAGGUCAGGGGCUCGGUCACUGCCAUCACUGACGUCGGCAGCCAAGGCUUCUUGCUCAUGGCCCAAGGUCAGAAAUGUAUGGUGAGAGGGUUGAAGGAGGACGGCACAUUGCUGCCCGUUGCCUUCAUGGAUAUGCAAUGCUACGUGACCGUUGCAAGGGAACUGAAGGGAUCGGGGAUGCUGCUCAUGGGCGACGCCGCCAAGGGAGCUUGGUUUGUCGGGUACACGGAGGACCCAUACAAGAUGAUCCUCUUUGGCAAGAGCCGCGCCCACAUGGAGGUCAUGGCGGCCGAGUUCCUGCCGCACGAGAAGCAGCUGUACCUGAUGGUGGCCGACGCAGACUGCAACCUGCACGUGCUGCAGUACGACCCGGAGCACCCGAAGUCACUGUCAGGCCAGCGACUUCUCCACAAAUCGACCUUCCACACCGGUCAUUUCACCACCACCAUGACCCUGCUCCCCUCCACCCUCUCCCCAACCUCCGCCGCCGCCGCCAACGCCGCCGCCAACCCUUCAUCCCCCGACAACGUCGACGGCGCCGCGGCCGCCAACAACAACAACGCCGCCGCCGACGACGACGACGACUACGACCCCGCCAACGCCGACCAGAUGGACGUCGACCCAACGGCCCUCAACCCCCCUCCGGGCUCCACGCACCACCACGUCCUCGUCACCUCGCUCGCCGGCUCCCUCGCCCUCCUCACCCCCGUCUCCGAGCACCAGUACCGCCGGCUCGGCGCGCUGCAGACGUUCCUCCUCGGCGCCCUCGAGCACCCCGCCGGCCUCAACCCGCGCGCCCACCGCGCCGCCGACUACUACCAGAACCAGAGCGGCCCGGGCGGCGGCGGCGGCGACGCUUUUGGCGGCGGCGGCGGCGUGGGGAGCGGCGGCCGUGGGGUCGUCGUCGAUUGGGGGCUGUUGGCGCGGUGGAUGGAGCUGGGGAGCCAGCGGAGGGCGGAGGGCGCGGCGAAGCUCGGCGUCGAGGAGUGGGUCGUUAAGAGCGAUUUGGAGGUUGUUGGGGGGGCGGGGCUGGGGUAUUUGUAG